AGAGCUGGAGAACCAUCAUCCGUCACGGACACGAAGAAGAAUUGCUGUGGAAGUAGUCUGGAAAGAUACCAUUGCAAAACAGAGACAUCUUCUUGAGCCCCUUCUUUUCGUCUUGCCAUGGGCAACUACGCAUUUACUGCAGAUGUCGAAGAUUUCAAGUCCAUCGUGUCGACUCUAGAGAACCAGCGCAUUCUGAGCGAACACAGCAGACUGCAGAACAUGCUCUCUCUGAAUCAUGCUGCUGAGGAAGAAACAGGACAGCAGAUGAAUGAAGUGACUCAGGAACCAGACCUGCUGGCCCUCAAGUUUCUGUACAGUAACACAGACACAGCAGAGCCUGUCAGCAGCUCUUCUUCUUCUGGCACGGCUCCGCUCCCGGCGUCAUUAGCCGCUAAACCCCGAGGGGCCCCGCAGGGCCCCGCCACCAUAGAGCAGAUGAGAGCGGAGCUAAGAGAACUACGAGAGGAACUGGACACGCUGAAGACUCAGCAUAAAAAAGAAAUCAAACUGCUCAUGAACGAACUGGAUGAAGAAAAGAAGAUGCGUUUGUCACUGCAAAUUGAUGUAGAACGUCUUAAGAAACACGUGUCCAAGUGAGCACCUCUGAGGUCUCCAUCGGCCGCUCGAAGCCAUCAGAUACGCCUCUGUGAGUCUGAAGUGUGCAAUGAAGAACUUACCAAGACUGAGGAAGAACUCUUGAGAAUUUCUGUCCAGACUCAGUGAACACAUAUUGUGUUGGUGCUUUACACUGCCGCUACAAGCGUUAUAUAAAACACGUUUUGGGUUCUAAACCAUGAACGAUGACUGGAAAGAGAGAGCAACCUGUUUGUUUCAAUCAGAUGCAUUGAUCGCUUAGACUAAUUAACAUCAGACCUUGCAUUUAAUUUCUUCUUUAUAUGUGACUCUGCAGCACAAAAGCAGUCUUAAGUCGCUGGGGUAUAUUUGUAGCAAUAGCCAACAAUACACUG